AUGAUCGGUGGAUUGUUCGUGUAUAAUCAUAAGGGAGAGGUUCUGAUCUCCCGCGUGUACCGGGAUGACAUUGGCCGGAAUGCAGUCGAUGCGUUCCGCGUGAAUGUGAUACACGCCCGGCAGCAGGUCCGUUCGCCGGUUACGAACAUAGCCCGUACGAGCUUUUUCCAUAUCAAGCGGGCUAACAUCUGGCUAGCGGCCGUUACGAAGCAAAAUGUGAACGCAGCCAUGGUGUUUGAGUUUCUGCUGAAGAUUAUCGACGUGAUGCAGUCAUACUUUGGCAAGAUUUCGGAAGAAAACAUUAAGAACAACUUCGUUCUAAUCUACGAGCUGUUGGAUGAAAUUCUGGACUUUGGCUAUCCGCAAAACUCGGAUACGGGCGUGCUGAAGACGUUUAUCACGCAGCAGGGCAUCAAGACGGCGACGAAGGAAGAGCAGGCUCAAAUAACGUCGCAGGUUACCGGCCAGAUCGGUUGGCGCCGGGAAGGUAUCAAGUACCGCCGGAACGAACUGUUCCUCGAUGUGCUCGAGUACGUGAAUCUGCUGAUGAGCCCACAGGGCCAAGUAUUGUCGGCGCACGUUGCGGGCAAGGUCGUUAUGAAGUCGUACCUUUCGGGCAUGCCGGAAUGUAAAUUCGGUAUCAACGAUAAGAUCGUAAUGGAGGCGAAGGGUCGCAGCGGUAUUUCCGGCAAUGCGGACAACGAAGCGUCCCGGUCGGGUAAACCGGUGGUCGUCAUCGAUGACUGUCAGUUUCACCAAUGCGUGAAGCUAAGCAAGUUCGAGACGGAACACUCGAUCAGCUUCAUCCCGCCGGACGGUGAGUUCGAGCUGAUGCGCUACCGUACGACGAAGGACAUCUCGUUGCCGUUCCGGGUGAUUCCGCUGGUACGCGAAGUGGGCCGAACCAAGAUGGAGGUGAAGGUGGUGCUAAAAUCCAACUUUAAGCCAUCGUUGCUUGGGCAGAAGAUCGAGGUGAAGAUUCCUACCCCGCUCAAUACGUCCGGUGUGCAACUGAUUUGUCUGAAGGGUAAAGCAAAGUACAAGGCGUCUGAAAAUGCGAUCGUAUGGAAAAUUAAACGUAUGGCUGGUAUGAAGGAAACGCAACUUUCGGCCGAAAUCGAACUGCUCGAAACGGAUACCAAAAAGAAAUGGACUCGACCACCAAUCUCGAUGAACUUUGAAGUUCCCUUCGCGCCAUCCGGUUUCAAGGUCCGUUACUUAAAGGUAUUCGAACCGAAACUGAACUACUCUGAUCAUGAUGUGAUCAAAUGGGUGCGAUACAUUGGCCGCAGCGGACUCUACGAGACACGAUGCUAA